AUGGUAACCCAAAGCGUCGGGUUCGAUGUCGCGGGAGCCUACAGACACAUCUUAUUAGUGAAAAUCACGGAGCUGAGGGAGGGGCUCCUGGAUGGGGAGAGGGAAAUCAGAUACACAGUAGCAAACACAAUUGCAAAGGACUGGAUAUUGGAACAUGAAUUUACUGCGAAUAUACUCUUCAUUCGCCUCGCGAUGCCUAUUAUAUUUACACUCAACAUUGAAAGGAGGAAUAAUGAUAUAUAG